AUGCGCACCCACGGGCUCUUUGCCCAGUUCGACGACGAGCUGCAAGACAGCGACCAGACCAUCUCCCCGCCCGUGCGCCAUCUGCAUCCACGUCCACGUCUCCCUACAGUCGCUGACGCCAGUAAGCGAAGCAGCAGCGGUAGCGCCAGGCCCCCGUGUCGUCGCUUCCCGACGUCAGCUUUUUUCGCAGACACGACCGACGAGGACGUCCCACAACCGUCUUCUGGGCUUACAAACGGCGCUAUAAGCGUCUGUAGUCUCUCUAUAGACGGUAGAAGGAGACGUAGGCGACCGCAUCGCGCGAGUCACGCUCCGAGGCUCCGUGUGGAUGCUGUCCAGUUCCCCGUGACGCGGUCGGUGCUCUGGGAUCGACGUCGACUAUCAGGCGCACCAGUAAGUGUAUCGUUGGCACAGGUUUUGCCGCAAUUUAGUGUGUCAGCAGAGGCGCUGAAGGACAUUUACCAGCUGUGGCGAGAAAUGAGUGGCACGGUACGAAAAAGCGGUGGUGCGUUGUGCUUUUUGCACGGAGAAGCGACGUCGCCGAAGAUGAAACGGGUGCGUCUGGAAGGGAUGAAGCUGAAGAAGGAGGAUGCACGUGCUGCAGGGACUUGGUGUAUACCUGUUCACAUGGUUGCUGUAAAGAACGCUGUGGGACGGACGAAGGAGAGUUACCUGUCGACCAUUGCGGCUGUUCAGGCCGGUUAUCGUGAUGAAUACGAUGACAGCCUCCCCUCGAAGCUUCAGUGUAAAUUGCUGGUAUUUCAAUCGUCACCACAUGUCGCGCAGCUCGAUUUCCAGCUCGAAUGUGCCGCGUCGCCGAUGCCGUUCCAGUUUUCGCUCAUACGAAAUUUACCACUUCUGAUGACCCCGCUUGCGGCAAGUCUAUCAAAACGCGAAUUUAGCGCCGAAACUGGAAGUUUGCGAUCUGGAUACCUGACACUUGACCAAACCCGGAAGGCGGUACCUCUGCUAAAGGUGGACCCUCUUGUUUCACAACAGCCGCUCGUCGGUGUAUGGGUAUACGGUGUCCACGUCGACGACGCUUGGAAUGAGGAGGUGGCGCGACGGCAGUUGGCUGAUCCGCUUUUGUAUUUUGCGUGCAUCGGCUACUUGAUGUCGGAGACGAUCAAAGAGCGUGUCGGACCUGAGCCGAAUACGUUUUUGGUGGCGCUGUAUCCUCGUAAUCACUCUGAUGAUACUGGUGGCACCGUUGGAUCGCUGCCGCGCUUUUUCGAGUGUACGUUCCCUGUCGAGUCGUUGUCCCUCCCAACGCGGCUUCUCCCUUUGGAGCUAUUUUCGCAACAACGGUCGUGCUUUGUUGGAGUGCCAAAGUACUCGUCGGAUCUGGAGCUGACGUUGUCGGCUGCGCCAACAAAUGAGUGGAAAGCAGCUGCGUGUCAAGCGAAACUUCCUACGAUCUUGUGCCUGAAAGAAAGUGGUGCAGCGCCUAGCAAGCCUCACGCAAUGGCUCGCAGCACCUCACGUAACUCCUUGUUGACGUCAGAGAGUAACUCGCUGUGUAAUGAUGAUGAAGACGAGCACAAAAGCAUGACGAGAGGUUGGACUGUUACGUCCGAUAUCAUUCGUACGAGUGCUGCUCGAGGAUCGAACGCACAGAGUCGGGCUUCGGUACGAGGUCAGAAAGAAACGUGCAGUCAGACAGCCGUGUUUGGGUCUAAGCCUGACGCAACAAUGCAUACCGCAACGCCGCCAAAUGCGUCAGGUGAUGCAACUUGUGACCAAGUUGCUGAAAGUGUCCCUUCGUUGACUCUGCCGGACAAGACGCAAGAUGCUGCGCAGCGUGAGUGGGCGGACAGGGGUUCCAGUAACUAUCGAAGCUGCUGCAAAACCCAGCAGCUACUGACGAUCCAGCACCAGCAAAUUCUGGAGAACCAACAGCGGCAGCUACACGAGAUGCAAGAACAGAUUUUACAAUUGAGGCGCUGUCUAGAUAUAGCGCAGAACAAGGCCAAGAGAGACACACAUUGUGGCUCAAGCGUGGAUGGAGGCUAUGUUUCUGAUGCGGGUACUUCUGACUUCGGGGCGGUAGCGAACGACCUCAAUGUAACUGGUACAUCCAGCAGACACGAAGACAAUCGCUCCGCCUCACAGUUGUCGGCCUUGCCAAGCACUGCCCAGCGAAGUAGUAAUGGUUCAUUUCUCGACGACUGGUCGAUUCGCACUCAUGACAACGAGAAGGAUGUAGAAGGCAGCGAACAUACGGGCCUUUCGCUGAGCUCGUUGAGCUUGUCGUCAAUUAGUUGCGACUCCGGAGCUGACUUAUCGUCGCUUUCCUCGUCGUUGAUGGGCGAACAGCCGUCAGUCGUUGGCUCGAUACGAAGCCAGAAGACGGCGAUGGGUGUGGAACCUGCAGUCGGUUGUGCCCAAGCCUUGGAUCAGUCUCAGUUGUCGAACUCUGAUACGAACGCAAACGAUACUAAUACGGCGGUAGUUCGAGUUGACAACACCAACGUCAAAGUGGAGAAAUCGAGUGAAAAGGAAUUUGAUGCACGUGACGGCGCCGACAGCAGCACCGGUGCGCGAGAUUUGUAUGUUGGCAGACUCGACGGCGACUUAGACGAAGAAGCGUUCAGCAUUGUCGGCAAAAGCGGAGCGGGGCCUGCAGGAUAUAGCGACGAUAGCGGCGCGAAUCCUGUGGAGCGCCUGUUGCCUCCGGACUCCUAUCUCCGAAAGGUUGGAGGCUUUGUCGACCACCACGGUGGUUGUUUCACAACACCAUCGUUGGAUUUCCACAGUUUCUGCGUGCCUCGUAUCAAGUUCUUGAGCGAGACUCCGGAGUUUGAUUCAGACGACGAAGAGGUUCGCCGUAUCGAGCAGAAGUACGAACGAUUGAUGGCAGCACAGCAAUCGACGGCUUAG